UCUUUGCUUUUUCCGUCCCCUUGUCACGCUGCGUUGUCAUCGUCUGCCUCUUUUGUUUGCAUUUUUUUUUUCAUCUUCUCUUCUCAGCAUCUUCAUCAUCCUUAGAAUAUUCUUAGCCUGUGCCUUUUUUUCCUGCUUCACUUGCUCACACCCCAGACGCCCGCAUCACCACCACCGCUGCCAACCCACAGAGGUAAUUAAAAAAGGAGUCCCAUAUUCACCACCACCACCAAACGUAUCCAAACCGCGCCGCUGUGGCUGGCCCCGUUGCUUCUUUCUCGCAUUACGCACAAACCACGCUGCUGCUGCUGCAUUACUCGCCCUUUACGUCUCUGCCGCCUCGCCGUCUCCCUUACUGCUGCUGCUGCCACGGUAGUUAGUCAAUUGUUCCGCCAUCUCGCAGCUCGACGCACGCACAAACCACUUCACAGACGCCACGAACCGACUCCGUUUUGCUGCAGCGCCGCCCCGAUCCCUUCUAAUGACCACCGCCAUCUAAAACCCUCGCCAGUACGCACCCUCCCGCGCUCAUGGAGUACGAAUAUCGCGCCCCAGAGGCUCCCGUCGCCCCCUCUCGUUCCCAUCGACACACCAGACACCGCUCGACAAAGGGCUCCUCCUCCUCCCGCCAUCAGCGCCAAAACUCGGGCCCCGACGUAAUAUCCAACCUCAUUUCUAGCCUCAGCGUCAUAUCCCAACCAGCUUCCGACCACUUUGAGACGCACCACCACGCUUCCUUGAGCCCUACAUUCCCCGUUAGCCCAAGCAGGAGUCCCGAACCCGGCGCUUACUCGGGCAGCUUCGGUGUCGACUACGGCGCAUUCAACAAACGGUCAACAGCAGACCACGGCUCGAUUGACGAGUUUGCUGCCACAUCCCCAGUCGUCCGCCCCUCCCGAGAUCGCGGCGGACCAUCCUCGUCUGCCUCCUUACCACACAGUCCCCGCGAAACUUCCAGCGCAUUCCGCUCCUUGAUUCGUGAAAGCGUCACCUCGUCACGCCCUUCUUCCCGCUCGUCGCAGAGCUCCAAAAAUGACGAUACGCACAGCAUUGGCAACCUCUCCGUAGAGCCAGGCGCCGCUGCUCCCAUUCCCGAACUGCGUCCCCGACGCUCUCACGACAGCUGGGGCAAGAGAGCAAGCCGCACUAGCAAGAAUAUUCUCUACAUGCCGUCCAAGGAACGCCUCCGUGAUCGAGAAUCAGACAAGAAGUGGACAUCAGCUAGCUCCGUCAUGUCAGACUAUAGCAUCAGCCGUGGCGAUGCCAUGUUGUCCGAGAUGCCCAUCAACGAGGAGCCCAUGCCGUAUGAGAUUAACAACCCCCAAAAGGUACCAACUCGAGAUUCUAGCCUACGAAAGUCGAGCAGUAGCCACCGCAAACGAUCAAGCGCCCGUCGAUCAAAGCGCGACAGCGAAGGCAUGGACGCAGUGGAGGAAUAUGUGCGCUCCACCAACAACUCACGCCUCUCUCACCGUCGCUCCGAAUCCGAUCAAGCACGAAGGAAGCUUUUUGAUGUCAAUGAACAUGAGACACCCGAUCGAGGACGUGACAGCUAUGUCAUUGGUGACUUGGGCGAGGAGGCACGCGUUGCGCGAACAUAUGCCGAGGCGCUCGACGAGGAAGGCGCACCAUCACCAGCUAUAUCGAGUGGCCGCAGACGCUGGGAGCGCAGUAUGGAACGCGCCAACAGCCGUCUCUCGGGCCGCCUCAGCCCUUCGGAAAAUGACACUCUCAACACAAAGCGCAGCAAUUCACGACUCAAGCGUUUGUCGGAGCAACUGACGCCGCAGUCGGAGCCCAGAGAUCGAGAUGUCUCUUCGGAACGCCGUCUGCCGUUGGGCUAUGAGCGACCUGCAUCGGCGGACUCUGUUGAUGACGCUGUAGAGUCGUACCUGUGCUCUGACCGUCUCUCCCAAAAGAUUAAGCACCCGCAGACUGGACGUGUGAUUUCCUUUUCGGAAGUGGGCGACCCGGAAGGCUCGGCCGUCUUUUGUUGCGUCGGUAUGGGUUUGACGCGAUAUAUUACAGCAUUCUAUGACGAAUUGGCUCUGACGCUCAAGCUGCGUCUCAUUACGCCGGAUCGCCCUGGCGUUGGCAACAGUGAGCCGUACGCCGACGGCACAGCGACGCCUCUCAACUGGCCCGACGACGUCUACACCAUCUGCCAAGCACUCAAAAUCACCAAGUUUUCUAUUCUGGCGCAUUCUGCUGGUGCCAUCUACGCUCUGGCGACAGCUUUGCGCAUGCCACAGCAUAUCCGCGGCAAGAUUCAUCUGCUAGCCCCGUGGAUUCCGCCUUCUCAGAUGAACACAUUUGGAUCGACACAGACGGAGCCGCCAUCACACUCCAUCCCGACAUCGCAGCGCAUCCUACGAGCUUUACCGACACCUUUCCUCAAAGUAGCCAACAGCAGUUUUAUGAGCACGACAAGCUCAUCCAUCACCAGCUCGCUACCCAAGACACCGCGACGAAACAAGCGCAAAGUAAGCGGCCAAAGUAGGACAGAUGGCGGUGAGAAGACCAACAUGGAUCUACCAAACUACCAGUCUGGUACGGAUGCGCUCGGCCUGUCUAGCGGACUGGAAAAUAUGGAUCGAAUGCAUCCGCCGCAAGGAACGCUCAAUCCUGACGCUGCCAUUGCCGCCACAGGAGACCCCGAGGCGGACAAGGAACGACAAGCGACCUACGACACGCGACUAACGUAUGCCAUCUGGGAUCUAGCAACAACUGGUGCGAACCCUGCCGUCGACUUGCUGGUUUGUCUCGAGCGCCGGCACGCCAUUGGCUUCCGCUAUGUGGACAUUACCCGACCUGUAGUCAUUCACCACGGCAGCAAGGAUUCUCGCGUGCCGGUGGAGAAUGUCAAAUGGCUGGGCAAGACGAUGCGCCGCUGCGAGGUGCGUGUGCUUGAGGAAGAGGGCCAUGGCCUGAUGGCGAGCGCGGCUGUCAUGGGGUCGGUGCUGAUGGAGAUGAGCAAGGAAUGGGAUGACUGGAUGCGAGUGACGGGCGCCGAUGGGCGCAAGGACAAGAGCCGUCGCGGUGUGAUUCCAAAGUAAGAGAAGAGACAGGGUCUGCGAUGGACGGACCAACGACGACAAUUUCUAUAUAUCAUAUCACAUGUAUAUGCGAUGACACAACAGCACUACAACAACAUGGCACAGCACAGGCGCGGCGUUUUUUUAUGUGUUUACACUCUUUUUUUGCAUAUGUCUUUUACCGUUGUUUUUAGGAUACUCUUUUGGCUUUAUUCUAUAGCUUAAUAUCUAGUCUUUAUUGUCAUCGAUGCCCCGUGUCCCUUUUGUAUACGUCCCAAUGUUACAACACGAGUUGCCCAAGUGGUAUCCAUUUUCGAAUCUGAAAUUUUAUCCUUCUUCUCGAUAAAAUACAUUUUAGCAUUUUAUAUAUUUUCUACAUAUAUUUAAUUCAACGUUCACCCUCUUGCCCCUGUCUAGUCUUGUCCGUGCGCUGGAGUGUCUCGUAUAUCUGGGGCGAUGACGACAGUGCAGCGGGGAGGGUGGUGCGCCACGCUAAUCAAGGGCCACCUAGCCGCCAGACGUACCCGCCCUUGGCC